UUAUGGCGUACCAUCAUGUUCUAUCAAUACAAAGAUUUGUGGACAGGGCAACCCAAUGUCGAGGGUACUCAGCGGCAAAUUCGUUCAAAGAGAUCAACAGCCGUGGAUGGUAUUUCUGUCUUUGAACUUCACUACCAUGAUCACGUCCUGCUCAGCAGUCAUCCUAACGGAGAUCCAUAUGCUGACGGCUGCAAGCUGCGUUCACAGGAACGGUACGUACCCAGCUUCGAUUAAGGCGUAUUACAUGAGCACGGAACGUCUGAAAGGUGAUUACUUGUACGUGGACCAGGUGCGACUGCACACCGAUUUCAACGCCACCAACCAUAGGAAUGACAUCGCCCUUCUAGCGGUGCAGCGGCCUCUGGUAUUCAGUCGUUACACGAAGCCCAUCUGCAUACCAUCGAGUCCGAUCAAUCUGACAGACAUGCGAUUAACGGUGGCUGGCUGGGGACGACUUGGUAACGUCGAAAAGAUCCAGAACCUGCUUGGGGAUAUGCCCAAUGGAGACGAUAGUGAUUUUGGUGAGCUUAGCGAUAGUGAUGCUGAAUAUCUGCCUGAUAUCGGCAAAGGAGCCAUGGCUGACCCCACUGUUCAGGAAAACAGUGAUGACAGCUCAAAUGACGAGGAAGAAGUUACCGACAUGAACAGCGGCACUGGGUCUGUUGACCGAGGACAUUGGAGGAAACGCCUUUAG